AUGGAAGUCGGUUGGCAUGGGCGCCACGCUGAACCAGAUGGCCCAAUAAAGCUGCAUCAGGUUUCCCGACGCGGAUAUUUUAAUAAGCUUCUUAAAAAAUCAAAUCACCCCUCUAAAGUUAGGGUAAAUUGUGAAAAGGUUUCCCAAUGCCGGGCACCACUCUCACCUCUAUCCCCGACACUCUACUCACACUGUCGAACAUCUCCGAAGGAUAAACCGUUACCGCCAAUCCCUCCUUCUGAAAACGAUGAAAGACUCAAAUCAAAUUCUCAAAAGCCAGACCUUAAACCGCCUCUCAAGCUCAACCGCAUCAUAACACCACUAUCUAUAGCUGACCUAUAUGACAUAUUUUCUGGCGCGCCUCACUUCCUGGCAAACACUUUUGCCCAGUCCCAACACCAAGCUUGUCCUCCUCAACCAUAUGUAGCGUUCCCUUGGGACUCUCAAGUGCAUGUCAGCGAUCUCUGCGACCAUACCACGGUGAAUGAUCCAUCAUGGGCUUGUGUGUCCUCAUCGUCUCUACUUUCUGUUCCCACCAAUACAACCAGGAAAGAAAACUCUCUGUCUGACCCCAUGUCUAAACCACGAAUAACGCCUCUCGUACGAGAAUUACCAGAUAUGUUGAGUUUGCAAGGUCUCGAAAGAGGAACUACAGGGUUUCGAUCAGCUCUUGAAAUUUCUGUUGGCGACUCUCUUCCCACAUCAAAUAAUGUGUCGAGCGAAAUGAUUUCUCAGCACCGCAUUGUGUUGAUGAGAGAAAAGGGGGUCCUGAGAUCACUCACAUGGGCAACGCUCAUCAACAGAAUUCGCAGCUUGAGUGAAAAAUGCCACGAUUUACCACCAACACUCAAUAAGUCACCUACUGAAUUGCAUCACGAAUUAUUUACCAAUGUUCUAUAUCCGCCGAUUGGUAUUUCCGACGCUGAUGAUCCGCGUAGUCUUGAGUUUCAGAUUUACUGCCUAUUUCAAGUGCUUUCUUUUCCCCAUGUAUGGAUGGAUUUCAGUAAUGUCGAUAUGCAGAUCCAACUUGGCCAAAUUUUAUGGGGAUCAACAAAAAAUGUUAAUGGAAGCUAUAAUCUGUCUCCUACUGUCAGUAAUACAGAAGAUGUAUCAUCUACUAAGUACUGGCUCUUACUUCAAGUAUUGCUUGGUUGCGAAAUGCUACUUCGACUGGAUGCGUUAAUUUAUCACAAUUCGUCUAACCCUGCAGCCGGAUUUAAGAAUCUUAAAAUAAAAUGGACGAAAGGCGUCAAAUAUACUCUAUUCCUUGCCAAAGCUUGGCUCAAAAAUAUUUGUAUUGUGGAGAAAGCUGACCAAAACGAUUAUUCCGUGAAGUCACAACCAUUUCAUACCUCGAGCCAGAAAUUUGAAUGGAGUACCUUCCCUGAAGCCUUUGGGCAAUCUUUCAGCCAAAUUGGAUUCCAGGGAAGACAUCAAAUACGGCAGCUCACUGGACUCAUGAGAUUUGCACAGGCGAUUAAGUGGCCCGAGUGGGAGAAACUCGAGGCUAAUGCUAUAAGCAUCACAUCGGCAACUAUCAGCGCUUUAGAUUCAUCUACUGUCGUAUCUACCAGGUCUCUUUCCAGCUCCUCUCUACUAGAGCCUCUAUCGAUCAAACCUUUCAGUUCCUCACACAAAUCUUCCAAACUUGACGUCGGAAAAUGGAUCUCUGAGGCAUAUUUUAAUGGCCUCAUUCUUCCCGGCGAGACUUUCAUUCAUGCCCUGCUAUUAACCUUGGUACAGAAUGAUGAGAGAGCUCUCUCCAAGUUGGGUAGCCUCGAAGACCUCAAGGGUGGCCUUAUAUAUUCGGGCCGAAGUUUUUGGAGAAGUGCAUGCAUUGUUGGAAAGGUUCUUGCUUCAAGCGAAGGUGCUUCGGAAUGCAUGGGAUGGGUAUCCUCAAGCGUUUUGCCACGAGGCAUAGACGAAGGUUGGCUUGAUGUCGACGCAAAACCUCGAUCCCUUGACCAGUUUAAAAAAAUCGGGACAUCACCCCGCAUAUGGCAUGCAACAACAAUUGAGAAUCAUAGCAAUGUCAUCGCCGGUGCAGAUAUCUCCUCAGUCCUCACGGGUGACUUCGCGCAACCAUCAGAUCAAUUGGCUGCUACUUACGUUGAUGUCAACUUCAAAUCUCUAUAUCUACUCCCAUCAAGGGAUUCAGUUCGCAGUAGUACACGUAAUAGGCUCGAGGGAACUCUAAAUUAUACCGUUACCGGUACAGAAAAAUCACAACCUCUCACACCAUUGAUGCGUUUCACUUACGAACGUGCUGGUGCCACCCCUAAGACAUUAGAGAUCGAGUUGAACUACAACGUUCAAUUUGUGACGGCUCAUCCUUGUAUUUCACCGCCCAACACUGGAAUUCUUAGUUCUCCGACGAACCCAGCAUUUCAAAGUCCCACACUAGGUACUCCAAAAAUUCCGAACAUUUCAUCUGGACAUCCACUACACAAGGCUUACACAUACACCAAAAUUCCUCUUUCGCAUUUACUCGGAACCCACUCAUCAGCACGAUUUUCUUCCCUUCUCACCGUACCCGUAUCGUCAGAUCCAUCCCAGUCAUCUCUCCACACAACAUCAUCCUCAAUUCCUAGGGUUCUGGUCAUUGACUGCACUGAGCAACAGUUACGCCCGAGGUCCAGCUUGGAUGGUGACGGAUAUGGUAGUCACGUGGAAAUGAUAGCAAGGGCUAUAUGCGCCGAGAGAGGAUGGAACGCAUUAGUCAGUAGACGAGGACGAGGCUGUCUGGCGUGUUCAAUUCGGGAAGCGGGGGCAUUGGGAUGGCGAGUAAUUAUUCGAGUUGCUUGA